AUGACGUCGGCCUUCGAGUACCUCGUGGACCGCAGUGUCGGGCUCCCGAGCUGCGCGUACCGUGACAACCUGCACGCUCGUCACUCACGCGAACUGUUGCAACUGUCUCCGACCAACUACAUUUUCCGCCAAGGCAUGCGCGUGUGGAGCUGUGCGUUAGACCCGACGGAGCAUCGGUACCUUUUAAUUGGUACCGCCCAGUCGCAAUUGGUACUGUUUGAUCUCGAAACCCUAGACGAUGCCGACCGAACCGGGACCCCUACGUACAACACAAUGAACCCGCUAAGUCCGAUUUCGAUCGCACGAGCUCCAAAUGGACCGUCGCUGACACACGGCCUUCAAUUGGGUAUUUCGAUGGUCGAUUGGUACCCCGUUGAUAGUGGUUUGUGUAUCACGAGCUCUUUUGAUGGACAUGUACAGGUAUGGGAUGCCGAACGAUUAUCUUGUGUCAGUACGUUUCCACUGCGGCGCAAAGUGUUUGGAGCCAAGUUCUCGCCUAGUGGUACAACCCACACUUUGGUUGCUGCGGCGACUGCAAAUGGCGAAGUGCGACUGGUGGAUAUUGCGAGUCACGCCACUGCUCAUAGUCUAUUGGGUCACAAAGACGAAGUUUGGACGCUUGACUGGGCACCCGGUAGUGAAUUUACACUUGUAACGGGGUCCAGAGACGGAGAAAUUCGACUCUGGGAUAUCCGACGGUCGGGAGCGACAGCUUGUCUCCUGUGUUUUGACUAUCAAGGGCACGCGAGUGUACCGGGCAGGUCAAGUUUGUACACGAACAUACAGCGAGAGAAGGGUCCAAUGUCUUUGACUGCGGCUGCUACUGCUGCUACGCGGAAUAAACGACGCCGUGUGGGUGGUGGUGCGUCUGAAGUGCAGCUGAGAGAACGACAUCGAGUAAGAGUGAGAGUGGAGAGCCAUCGUGAAUCAAUGCAAAAAGUGACAGCGUUGCAACAGAAACGAAACGAUCCACAUGCUGCAGCGACAACGUCGUUAGCGGUCGCUCACAAUGGAGGAGUGACGAGUCUAGCGUAUACGCCAGAUGGGCGGUUUUUGUUGAGUCGUGGCAUGGACAAUAAGCUUCGGUUAUGGAACGCCACAUCCGGUGAACAUCAAUUUAUGAACUACCAUGGCGUGCAACGAGCGCAACCUCGUGCUGCGAGAAAUAUACAGAUGGCCAUCGCGCAAGAAGGUGGGGCUUAUGAGACGACGGUAGUGUUCGUUCCGAACGGGGCAGAUGGUGCCCUAGCAUCGUAUCGCGUUUUUGGUGAAAGCGGUGUUCCAUUAGGGUCGGCUACAGCUCAUUAUCAGCAAGUAACGGCGUGUUUGUAUCGAAAAUCGACACGGGAGCUCUAUUCAGCAGGCGAAGAUGGACUUAUCAUGAAGUGGAAACCUCCACCCGUUGAUUUGUAUCCUCAAGUACCAGAAGAUGUCAGUGGUGAUGUGCAAACGAUAAGUGGUGGAUCAACUGCCGAUGCUAGUGCUGCGAUCGGCGAUACUGAUGCAUGGAGCGACGAUGAGCAAGAAGAGACAAACCAUCGAUUCAUCCCACCUAUUCUGCGCGAUGACAUAUAG